AUGUUCGACAUCAACGUGCCCUCCCAGUUCGGUCCGGCCACCGUCCGCAUCGCUCUUCCUCCCGCCUCGCUCCUCAAGUUUCCUCCCAACGAGCUUCCGGUGACCAUUCCGGCGCCUCACGUCACUGAGUGGACAUGGAAACAGCCCUUUAACAUUCCCAACGAUCUCUAUAACCAGGUGUUGGAUGUGCGGGUCCCAAUUACCAUUGCCACCGUCUAUGCUCUUACUGUGGUCCUGAUCAAUCGCAUCAAUAAAGCUCGCGGCUACAAGCCCUAUGCCUUUAGCCAUUCGCGCCUGUUCAAGCUGUUCGUGAUUCUCCACAAUGUUUUCUUGGCCGUCUAUUCCGCCUGGACUUUCGUCGGCAUGUUGCAAGCCUUUAGCAACUCCUUCCCGUCCCGGGGCGAGUCCAAUGGUCUUAUCAGUGUCGUGGACUCGCUCUGUAAGAUCAAUGGGCCCCGUGGCUACGGUAACGCCGCCACAUACAGCCCUUUGACUGAUGAAUGGUCUAUUCCUAACCCCGCGCUGAAGCUGAAUGGCGGUCAACCCGACCCUAGUGACGUCGGUCGUCUCUGGAACCAGGGACUGGCUUACUUUGGCUGGAUCUUCUACCUGUCCAAGUUCUACGAGGUUGUCGACACGGCAAUCAUUCUUGCCAAGGGUAAGAAGAGCUCCACUUUGCAGACUUACCACCACGCUGGUGCCAUGAUGUGCAUGUGGGCUGGUAUCCGCUACAUGGCGCCUCCUAUCUGGAUCUUCUGCCUGGUUAAUUCGGCUAUUCACGCCAUGAUGGUAAGUCAAUUUCUCGCGACCUUUCAAGCGAUGUUUCAACUGACUCGAUCGCGCUUGGUAGUACACCUAUUACACCUGCACUGCCCUGCGCAUCCGGGUUCCCAACCUGAUCAAGCGUAG